UGCUUCCAUGUAGCUCAGGUGCUGGCGUCCCAAAGAAAGUGGCGCGAGUCAUUGGCGUUGUAUGAGCAGACGUUGUGUUACAUCAAACAGAUCAGCAAAGACGUCAACCCUCAUGGCACCCCUAGCAUCCAGCUGGCAUCGUCUGAUGAUCCUAGUGUUUUACGUCAUCAGACGACAGCUGCUAAACUCCAAGUGCUAGCCAACUGUUUCAGUGGUGACGAGAGGUCACCGGAGGGCAUUUCACAGACCGAAACGUACACGAAGCCAAUUGCCGAAGAUCUGGAUACUUUCCGUCGGUACGAUCCUUCGACAAUUACAAAAUCACUGGAUAAAAUCGAACUGAUGCAGCUGCCUCCGCAUUACGAACCAAUAUCGUGCAAACCAAUGUUUUUUGAUUUGGCUUUCGAGCAUCUGCAGUUUCCGUCGUUGGACCAGAAACUUGCCGAAUUCGAGACGACCAACCCCGAACAGAAAGGCGGCAUCAGAGGUUUCGUCAAGGGUUGGUUAUGGGGUUCGAAAAGCUAA